AUGGCGACCCCGCCUCCUGAGGCUGCUCUUGCGAUGAAGGAGGAGAAGCCUCAGCUUCCCCCUUCCCCGACGAGAAUGUCUCUGCCUGAUGCCGCGCCAACCAGCGGUCAAGCUGUAUCUGCAGAGACAAAGUCGGAUGUCCCUGCCGGUGCGACCGAACGCAACGGAAGCGCGAUGAAUGGCCACACCCCUAAUGAGUCAUCCAUCACAAACGGUACCGCCACUGCUGCAUCCCCCCCCAAGUCGCCUGCACCCGUCUCCACCGAAGACUCUUCGGCACCGCCUGCCCCAACUCAGAGUGCGAUACCAGCGACUGUUGGAGCGACCUCCAACGAAAAAGUGAAAGAAGGAACCAAGGCUUCCGAUGAACCAGCGACCUCAGCGCAACCGCAGGUUUCCAACUCGAAUACUCCGGCUGCUACGACUGAGUCUGCGGUCAAUACGACAUCAAGCUCUCAACCCGCCCCUGCCACAGGCGCAUCUUCAGACUCGCUUGACGGCACUGCCGGCAUCACGGAAAAGAUGACUAUCGAUAACUCCCAGUAUUCUGCACCUGUGAGCGCUGAUCUUCCUCACCACUCCACCGAAUUUACCAACUCAAGUCUGCCCUCUCUGCAAACUGACCACGAAAUGACGGACGUCCCCAGUGCUCCUCUCUCACCCUCUAAGGUCUCUCGCGAACGCGAGGUCGACCCUAUGGAGGAGGAGCCGGCGGCCAAACGUACCAAGGUCGAGGGGGCCAAUACGACACCCGUGCCUGCACCGGUGGAUCUCAAGCCCCCAACUUUGCCAACUCCUACUGCCGAGACCCGCGGCUCGAUGCCCCCAGGUGGCCAAAACGGACUCACCAAGAUGCAGCACAAGUUCAUCUCCAAGAGUUUGUCGAGCCUGAAGCGCAUGCAUGACUCACGCUUUUACCGCGAACCAGUGGACCCUAUCAGACUGAACAUCCCCAAUUACACCAGUAUCAUCACCCGGCCUAUGGACCUGGGCACCAUGGAGAGAAAGCUGAAGAAUAAUGAAUACUCGUCUCCACAGGCGGUUGCUGAUGAUUUUGCUCUGAUGGUUCAGAACUCUCUGACCUUCAAUGGCCCCGACCAUUUGGUUGCCCAAGAGGGUCAGAAGCUGGAGGCCACGUUCAAGAAGCAGAUGCUGAACAUCCCCAAGCCUGAUGAGGUGGAAGAGAAGAAACCAAAGAAGACGACGGAGAAAACCUCGGCCGCUCGUCGGGAGCCUCGCACGUCCCUUGGUAGCCAGCCUACGGCCAAGGCUACUUCUCCCCAGAGCACCACCUUUGCCCUGGGUCCAGAAGGUCUGCCUGUCAUUCGUCGUGACUCCACGAACCCCGACGGCCGCCCCAAGCGUUCGAUCCAUCCACCCAAGCGAGAUCUCCCCUAUUCCACCAAGCCCAAGAAGAAGAAGUAUCAAUGGGAGCUGCGGUUCUGUCAGGAGGUUCUCGAAGAGCUUCACAAGCCCAAGUAUCAGCUGAUCGCGUGGGCCUUCUACCAGCCCGUGGAUCCCGUUGCUCUCAACAUUCCUACUUAUCAUAGCGUGAUUAAGAAGCCUAUGGACUUGUCUACCAUUCAGUCUAAGUUGAGGACCGGCCAGUAUGAAAACGCCAAGGAGUUCGAGUCUGAUAUUAGGCUCAUGUUCAAGAAUUGCUACCGGUUCAACAUCGAGGGAGACCCGACUUAUGCGGCUGGACAGUCACUGGAACAGGUUUUCGAUGAGAAGUGGGGGCAAAUGGCCGACUAUCUGGAAAAGCACGAGCCGCACCAUGACCAGCAGACCGAUGACUCCGAUGAAGAUAGUGACGAGGAGAGCGAGGAGGAGGAUGAAGACACUGAGAAACUCACUCUUCUGCAGCGUCAAAUCGCGGAGAUGUCUCGUCAAGUGGAGAUGAUCACCAACAAGAAGAAGAAGACCCCUCCCUCGUCCAAGAAGGCUGGCACCAAGGCCAAGUCUGUCAAGAAGGACGGCAAGAAGCUCGGUAGCAAGAAGGAAAAGAGGCCCAAGAUCAGCAGCUUCAAGCCGGAGAAGGCACGCUUCGUCACAUAUCAUGAGAAGCAGGUCAUCUCCAAUGGUAUCAGUAGUCUCCCCGAUAAGAAGAUGCAGGAAGCUCUUAAGAUCAUCCAGAACAACGUUCCUGCUCUGAAGGGUACUCAAGAGGCUGAGAUUGAACUGGACAUCGAUGAGCUGCCCAAUGAUGUCCUUUUGAUGCUUCUCAAGUUUGUCAAGAAGAACGUGCCCCACCUGAUGGACGACGAGGAUUCCGCUCCUGCCAGCAACGUUGUGCCCACUAAGCCUAAGAAAAACAAGCCAAUGAGCAAGAACGAGCAGGAAGCCCAGAUUUCUAUGCUGGAGAGUAAUCUAUCUCGUUUCGCGGGCGGUGGCUCUCCUGUCCCAGUUCCCUCCGUGGAAGCGAACGAGUCCAGCGAGGACGAGUCUGACGACGAUUCGGAGGAGAGUGAGGAGGAGUAG